CCGUCUUGGCAGUUCCAAUAAAUAGCUGCUUCUAGACGAGGCUGUUUUACUCAGAAUCCAAUGCUCUCCCUCCUGUCUUAGUCGGACUAGUCCCUCCUCCUCUCGCUUUAUACUCUGAAUUUGAUUCUAAAGAAGAAAGAUCUGUGCUUUCUCCAAGUUUCAAUUAACUAUCAAUUCUUCCUUCUUACUCUGUCUUGAAUUCCCAGAUCUUUCCUCGCCUCCUCUAUCUCAGCUUUUCUGGGCAAUUUCUUUUCAUACUCCACUUCCCUUGAAGUCACCCUCACAGGUUUUACAUUUCCAUCUGCUCCCCAUAACCCAACAUCUAUUCUCAUUCACUCAUUAUAUCUCAUAGAUCUCUUCUUUCUCUCUCAUUAUCGUUCCUGAAAAACAUAUUGAAGUUGAAACUCGAGAGGAAGAUCUCAUUUUUUUUAAAAAGAAUGGUUCGAUUCUUGCUCCUAAUCUUCAUUUGCUUCGCCGCCAUUGCACACUUGUUCAGCUCUUCCGCGUUGGCUGACGUGAUAACCUGCUCGAAUAUAGUGCCAAGGAGGUAUCGACAUGAUAAGAUUUCCAUAACGGACUUCGGCGGUGUGGGUGACGGACGAACACUGAAUACGAAGGCAUUUCGAGCGGCCAUUUAUCGGAUACAGCAUCUCAAGAGGCGAGGAGGCACGCUUCUUUUCAUUCCCCCUGGAGUGUACUUAACAGGAAGCUUCAAUCUCACAAGCCACAUGACUCUUUAUCUGGCCAGUGGUGCUGUUAUCAAAGCGACACAAGAUACAAAGCAUUGGCCAUUGAUCGCACCGUUGCCAUCUUAUGGAAGAGGCAGAGAGCGCCCUGGCGGAAGGUAUAUUAGCUUUAUCCAAGGAGACGGGGUGCAAGAUGUGGUAAUCACUGGUGACAACGGGACAAUUGAUGGGCAAGGAGAUAUAUGGUGGAACAUGUGGAGGCAGAGGACUCUCCAAUACACCAGACCAAACCUUCUUGAAUUUGUGAAUUCCAGAGAUAUCGUCGUUUCGAAUGUGAUUUUUAGGAAUUCUCCUUUUUGGAACAUACAUCCGGUUUACAGCAGCAAUGUUGUGAUCCGAUUUGUCACCAUAUUGGCCCCCCAUGACUCACCUAACACUGACGGAAUUGAUCCAGAUUCUAGUUCGAAUGUGUGCAUAGAGGACUCGUACAUAUCGUGUGGAGAUGAUGCUGUGGCUGUGAAGAGUGGGUGGGAUGAAUAUGGGAUUGCUUAUGGUCGACCUAGCUCUGGAAUCACCAUCCGGCGGGUGACGGCAUCAUCCCCAUUCUCCGGAAUUGCAAUCGGCAGUGAGGCCUCUGGUGGGGUGGAAAAUGUGCUUGCUGAACACAUUAAUCUCUUCAACACAGGAAUCGGUCUCCACAUAAAGACCAACAGUGGAAGGGGAGGGACUAUAAAGAAUAUAACCUUCUCUCAUGUGUAUAUAGAGGAGGCAAGGACUGGAAUAAAGAUUUCUGGUGAUGUUGGGGAUCACCCUGAUGACAAAUUCAACCCCAAUGCUCUCCCUAUUGUCAAGGACGUUACAAUUAAUAAUGUUUGGGGUGUGAAGGUUAGGCAGGCAGGCUUGAUACGUGGAAUCAAAAAUUCCCCCUUCACUCAGAUUUGCCUCUCUGAUAUCUACCUUCAUGGUAUUACGGGACCUAGAUCUCCUCCAUGGCAGUGUUCUAAUGUUCUGGGAGCAUCUCGUCAGGUAAGUCCGUCUCCAUGUUCAGAGCUGGCCACCCAGCAGCCUGGAUCAUGUGCCAAUCACUUCUGAGGUUUUCUGGUGAUUCAUUUGACACCAGACAAUUAAUAUUCGUAAUUGCUUAUUGAACUAUUGUAAGGAAAUGCAAUAAACCACUACCAGUUCUUCAUACAACUUCUUGGAAUGCGUCUAUCUCUAUCAGUUUCAGUUGUGCGAGCCAAAUGAUUAAUUAGGCUUUUCAGCAAUUCUUGGAUGAUUAUGUUUAGAUAAACGAGAUGUUUCGUAUGAUAAGGUGGGGGCCAGGGGGUUUAGGGGUAAAAUGAGAAUGAAAUAUUCAAACAUCUAUUAUAUGUAUAUCGAUAGUGUACGG